AUGUUAAACGAAUUAAUCCAGCUAUUUUGUAGCAAUGGUACUCAUUCUAGUGAAUUGUAUUAUAAUGCUACAUUACAAUUAAAUGAGUUUUUAGAUAAGAGAGAGAUAGUAAGAUGCUUUCCAAGAGUGUCAGAAAACCUUGGAGAUCAAUUGGUAUAGGAUAUUAAUUGAUUAUUUAUAGCCAAAUCUAAGGAAAGCUUCUCAUUAGCUUUUUCAAGCAUAUAUUAGAGUAAAUGAAAGCUUUGAUGCAGUACUUUAAGCCAUGCUUAGUAAAGGCCUUGUUCAUCCAAAUGUAAGAAUGCUUUUGCUAUAUAAUAUAAGUGGCUAGUUAGAUAGAAGAAUAUUAAUUCCUUAUAGUCCCUAUUUUUAUCGGAAGGAUAGCAUUUAGAAACUGGUAGUAUAGUAGUUAAGAAUAUGGUUGAAAUAUUGUUAGGGAAGUUGUGCGAUUCUAACAUUGCAGUUUCUAAGGCUACAGAAUAAGUAUUUAUAUCAUAAUAUUUAUUAGACAUUAAUAUCUUUAAUAACUUUGAAUUCUUAUAAGUAAUGUCAUGCUUAAUUACCUUUUGGAGUACAAUCUUAAAUUGAACAUUUUGCAGAAUAAAUGAAGCAAUCCAAUUAGAUUAGACAUGAUUUAAGAUUAAGAGAACCAGCAUCUAAUGGAUUGCCAUUUGAUAAAUUAGAAGACUUAAAAGAUACUUAAUGGUAGAUGAGAGCUGAAGCUAUUUAAUCAAUUUAUGAAGAACUAUAAGAUAUAGUCUUAACUCCAUUAUAAGUAGAGGUCUUGUUUGAGCAUAUUGUUAAUUUAGUUAAUGAUCAUAACUUUAAUAUAGUGUUAACUACUUUAUAGAUAAUGCAAAAAUGCUUAUAGUUCAAUAUAGUGAAGAGUAGCAACAUAGUUAAUAUAUACACUAAGCUAGGGGAUUCAAAAUCAGCAAUAAGAACAGCAGUGAGAUAAGUGUUAGUGAUGUAUUUGUAAAAGAUUGGUGAUGGAGAAUUGCUAAUUGAAAUAUUGUAAUGGCCAAAUAAGAAUUAAUUUUACAGAGAGGAAUUGUUAGAUUUAUUGAUGGAUUUGGUGCAGAGAAAUAAGAUGCUGGUAACCUGAUUGUUCAAUAUGCAGCUUUAAUAAUACCUCGAGUCGGCCAUAAAAGAAGUGGCUCCUUUCCUCGAGGACCAGAAAUAGAAACUACGUUCUAAAGCCAUUGAAACCCUAAGUCAGUUGUCCACAAUAAAUUAAGCCUUGACCAAGCGAGUGUUCUCAUAAAUAGGUAUAACAGAAGAUCUUUUUAAUUAAAUUGAUGUAAGUACAGCUUCAUCAAAUAAAUCUGAGUUCCCUUAAUUAAGAUUUAAGAAGGAAUAGAGAGAAUAGAGAGAAUAGAGAGAAUAAAGGGAAUAGAGAGAAUAGAGGGAAUAAAGGGAAUAGAGAGAAUAAAGGGAAUAGAGAGAAUAGAGAGAAUAAUAAUAAUAAUAAUAAUAAUAAUAUACAUAAUCUUUACCAGAACCAAAAAAUUAAUAAUAAUUUGAUAUACCAAUAUUUGAAUCUUAAUAAUAAGGAUAUGUUCCAACAAUAAUUUCAUAACCUUAAAAAUAAUAAAGAAGUGCCUAAAAACCAGAAUCACAUCCUUAAUCUUCUAGUGUAGAAUUUAGACAUGUUUAAUAAUAAUAAGAAUAUAACUAACCUCCAGCAACUUAAUAAAGUAAACCAUUUCGAAUAGUUAAAAAUCCAUAAUAAGAUAUUCCAGAUCAAGAUACUGGUCUCACUUAUACUAAACCUUUCUAAAGAAAACCAAAAGGUGAAGCUGAUAAAACAUUUUAACCCAUUUAUUUAGAUUCUGUUACCCCAUUAGAUUAACCAGAAUAAAUACUAAAAACUUUAUUAAAUGAAUUAAGAUAUGAUGAUUGGAAUAGAUAAUUUGAAGCACUUAAUAAUCUCAGAAGAUUAGCUAAACAUAAUACUGAAUUACUUAAAAAAUAUAUCAAUUUUCCAUAAAUCUUAUAAGAAAUGGUUAAAUAAAUUGAAAAUCUAAGAAGUGGAGUUUCUAAAAAUGCCUUGAUAUCUCUAUAAGAACUUAGUGAUAUUUAUAAAAAAGAUUUGGAUUGUGUACUGGAUUAAGCAUUACAAAAACUAAUUAAAAAAGCUAUCGAUCUUAAUACUUUUAUUAGUGAAGAAGUCAGAAAAGCAACUAUCUCUUUGUUGUAAAAUUGUACUGAAUCUAAAUCUAUUUCACUCAUUUCUUAAGUUUAUUAAAGUAAAUCAAUUGCAGUUAAAGUUAACAUUUGUUAUGCAUUAAAUAACUUAAUAGAUCCCAAUAAAUUAUCUUUCGAAAAAAUGCUAUAAAUUCUCUGUCUUUAUGCUUGUGAUUAAGGUUAAGAGGUUAGAUAACUGGCAAAAGAAGGAUUAUUAAGUUUAAUCAACUUAAUAGAUAAAAGAGAAUUAGAAUCAUUGGUUAUUAAAUUAGCUCCUGAUGGAGAAUGUAAACGUAUUAUGACAAUUCUUAAUGGUGAAUCUACUACAACUUCAGAAUUUAGAAAGUUUGGUGGUUCUACAUUAACAAAAGAAGCAAGAACACCAGAAUUAAGAAAUAGAACACCAAAUGCUAAAAAAUUAUCAGCAGAUUUUGAAUAGAUGCCAAAUUAUAUGAAUCAAGCAGAAUUAGCCAAAGAUUGGAAAUAAAAGAAAGAAUCAAUCGAUUGGUUAUGUAAUUUUGCAAAAAAAGAAGCCUAAGCUUUAAAUGGUCAUAAAUAUUCAAAUAAAUUUUUGGAUUUACUUUGUAAAUUAAUUGAUGAUGGAAAUAAAAACAUUGCUUUAUAUACAUGUGAAUAAUUCAUUUAAUUAGUUGAACCACUAAAAGUAUAAUAUAUAUGUAAUAUAUAAUUAGUUACCUAUAUAAAAUAACUAUGUAAAUAUAUGGAAUGGCGUAUUCAAAGUAGUUUCAUCAACAAAUAAUUAAGUACGAUAAUCAGCUGAAUCAUUAUUUCAUGAACUUAUGAUACAUAUUGAUAUUCAAUACUCUUUACCUUAAAUAUAACAUCUAAUUUUGUAUGGUCCAGCCAAAUCUAAAGGCAUUGCCAUAACAAUGUUAGCAAGUAUAUCUUAAUAUUAAUUAAUAAAUAGAUUUUGUAUAAUAAUUUUAUGAUGAGCGACCUUAAUUAGUAGUGAAAUAUCUUGUGCCUUUAGCUAAAAAGUUACAAGAAGAAUAGAAACCAGAUAUAAAAAUAGCUUCUUAGAAAUUAUUUUAGGCAUUGGUUUCUAUAUGUCCAAACGAUGUUGCUCAUUUGAAGUUAUUAAAAUGA